AUGGAAAACCUAAUUAGGAGUGUGAUUCAAUCCACUCAAAGAAUUCAAGUUCCUGUUGAACCUGAUAUUCAAGAUGCAACAAUGGAGGACGUUCUCAACAAUUGCAUCGAAAAUAAUGCUUUGGCACAGGAACGUGAAGAAGAGGAGGCAAUGGAAGCUGAAGAACAACAUAUUAUUUCUGGUUCUGAAGAACCGGAUCAAGAUAUUGUUGGAACACUGAUGGGAUACACUGCUGAAACAGUGGAGGAACUUCUAGGUUUCUACGAAAAACAUGCUAGUGAGGUUGGGUUUUCCAUAAGGAAAGGAAACACGAGAUUCAAAGUUGGGACAAGAAUCGUGCUUGAAAAGACAUAUGUUUGUUCAGCAGUAGGAGUAACAAACAAUGGAAAGAACAAAAAGAAAAAAGUGCAAACAGUUGUUCCUGUGGUGCCCAAAAAAGAGAGAAAACCAAGGCAAGUUUCGAUCACGAGAACUCAAUGUAGGGCUUGCUUGAGAGUGAAAAUGAAUUCUGAAGGCAGAUAUGAGGUUGUUAAUCAUGUGAUAAUGCACAACCAUGAUUUAACUAGAAGUCAAUGGCACUACUUGCAUAGAUCUGAAAGGCAAAUAACGGAAGAGAAGAGGGAGGCAAUUGAAACUAUGCAAAAAUCUGGUCUGUCAUCCACGGCUUCCUUUAACUACAUGGCAAUUGAAGCUGGAGGUGAAGAAAAUUUGGGACACUCGAAGAAAGACCAUCUAAAUUACUGCACGAGGUUAAAAAUGAAGCAAAUAGAAGGAGGUGAUGCACAAGCAGUAACUGACAUAAUGUAUUUAGAGCUUGAAGGUGACCCAAACUUCUUUUUUAGAUUUAGAUUGGAUGAAAAAGGUAAAUUGAGGAGUUUGUUUUGGAGGGACUCUAUGAUGAUGGAAGACUAUGGAAUUUUUGGAGAUAUAGUGGUUUUUGACACGACGUAUAGAACAAACAGGUAUAACCUAAUUUGUGCUCCAAUAGUUGGAAUAAACAACCACUGGAACAAUUGCAUGUUUGGUUGUGCAUUCAUAGGAGAUGAAAAGAUUGAGUCGUUUGUGUGGCUUCUACAAACUUUCAAAAAGUCAAUGGGGGGAAAAAGUCCAAUAUCAAUCUUUACAGAUCAAGAUGCAGCAAUGAACAAUGCCAUCAAUCAGGUCUUUCCAGAUUCAAGACACAGAUUAUGUGUAUGGCAUUUGCAUCAGAAUGCUAUUACCAGAUUUGGGGCAUUGAAACGAGAUCCAACUUUUAAGAAGACAUUCAACUAUUGCUUGUAUAAGUGUGUCACAGUAGUUGAAUUUGAAACCAAUUGGAGAUCAAUGCUGCAACAAUAUGAGCUGAUAGGGGAAGAGUGGUUUACAAAUGUAUACGAUUUGAGAGAAAAAUGGUGCCCUGCGCUAAGCAAAGACUUCUUUUCAGCUGGGAUUUUGUCUUCACAACGAAGUGAAAGCACUAAUCACGCCAUCGGAUUUAGAGCAAACAGAACAACCAGUUUAACUGAUUUCUAUAGAUUGUUCAAAGGUACAAUACAACGUUGGAGAAGUACAGAAAAGCAAGCUGAAUUCUCUUGUAGUAAAUCGGUUCCAUCCUCGGCUUUACCACUAUCUGGAUUGUUGAAACAUGCAUCAGAAGUUUACACGUUGUCACUAUUCAGAGACUUUGAGGAGGAAUUUGGAUAUUCAAUUGCAACAACAGCAAAAUUAAUUUGGAAACAAGAAAAUACUGAGUUCUAUGCUGUGUCCAUUGAUGAAGAACCUUGGUCUGCACAGAGAGUAACAUACAUCCACGAGAGCCAAACAGUAUCAUGUACGUGUAAAAACUUUGAAGCUUCAGGAUGGUUGUGCUACCACUGCAUUAGGAUAUUGCACCUUCAUUCGGUUAACCGGAUUCCAGAACAGUACAUCAAAAAGAGGUGGACAAAAUCUGCCAAGUCAUCAGUUUGGAACAAAUUAGAAAAUGAAAAACCAGAAGAGGUGCAGUACACACCUUGGCGCCAAACCAUGGCUAGGAAAUACUACAACCUUAUCUUGAAAAGCCAAUCAAAUGAGGAGACAAGAACCCUUAUGGAGGAUGGUUAUGCCGCUAGUGUGUCUCUGGUUGAUGAACUUCUAGCAAACAAGUGCAACAGCAGCACCUGA